CAUAUGUCCAAAUAAUUUCUCUCCUAUAUUCUCUGCAUAUUCAAGAUUGGAUAUAUAUCCCAAUAGGAUUCGUAGAUACCUGAUUUCCAUUCGAAAACAUGAGAGAAAUAGCACACCUAAUUUGACCUACUUUCAAUUCUCGUAUUUUCUCGAGAUAAGCAUUGCGCCUGCGUGAGCUUCACAUGUUGGUCUGCUUUCCUCCAUAAGUGGACAUAAUACUCAUUUUACAUCCAUACAAGUCGAUAUAGAUACUUCUAAUUUUGUUUUACUUUAAGAGUGAACAUGUCAACAGGAGAGCCAAUCAAAUCGGAGCAAGACACUAAGUCUUCUGCUAAUACCACUACGACCACUGCAACAAUAUUGCCACAGACCCCCACAACUCAAAGUAGUAAACCCACAGCCCCGAUGAAACCAGGCUAUACAUUAAAGUUCACUCUUGCUGGUCAUACAAAAGCUGUGUCAUCUGUGAAGUUUAGUCCAAAUGGAGAGUGGCUGGCUAGCUCAUCCGCUGAUAAACUGAUCAAAAUCUGGGGAGCAUAUGAUGGAAAAUUUGAAAAAACAAUAAGUGGACAUAAAUUGGGUAUAUCAGAUGUAGCAUGGUCGACUGACAGUAGACUACUAGUUUCCGCAUCAGAUGACAAAACACUUAAAAUAUGGGAGCUUGCAUCGGGAAAAUGUUUGAAGACUCUGAAGGGCCACAGCAAUUAUGUAUUCUGCUGCAACUUCAACCCACAGUCUAACCUUAUAGUUUCAGGAUCAUUUGAUGAGAGUGUGCGUAUAUGGGAUGUAAAGACAGGCAAGUGUUUGAAGACACUGCCCGCUCAUUCUGACCCUGUAACAGCUGUAAACUUUAACAGAGAUGGCUCUCUCAUUGUCUCAAGCAGUUAUGAUGGACUUUGUCGAAUAUGGGACACAGCUUCAGGACAAUGUCUUAAAACAUUAAUAGAUGAUGAUAACCCACCUGUUUCUUUUGUGAAAUUCUCACCCAAUGGAAAAUAUAUUCUAGCAGCUACCUUAGACAACACUUUAAAAUUAUGGGACUACAGCAAGGGAAAAUGUCUAAAAACUUACACAGGACAUAAAAAUGAAAAAUAUUGUAUAUUUGCCAACUUCUCAGUGACAGGAGGAAAGUGGAUAGUAGCAGGAUCUGAGGACAAUAAAAUCUACAUAUGGAAUCUACAGACCAAAGAAAUAGUACAGAAACUUUCUGGUCAUACAGAUGUUGUACUGUGUUGUGCCUGUCAUCCCACAGAUAACAUUAUAGCAUCCGCAGCUUUAGAGAAUGAUAAAACAAUCAAACUUUGGCGGAGUGACGUAUGAAAAUAGAUUCCAAAAUUCCCUCUUUAUAUUGAGCAGUUGUGUCAGUUUCUAUUGAAUUGUCAAUAGGAUCUUACUAUAUAGGAAUGAUAAUGAUUGACGAUUGUGCAAAACUACAGUGAACUGAGUACAAAUCAAACCUAGUGGAUUUGCAUUUGGCCCAGUUAUGGAUUGCCAGUUCAGAUAUUGACCGUCUUCCAAUGUAUGGAUUUCCUACAAGUACCUGUUUCUUCGUGACAUUGUGACAACGUGUAGUAGUUAAUCAUUAGUUGGUUGAUAUAACAAUCAUAUAAUAUACAUUUUACAUGUAUUAAUAUGCUACAACCAUACCAUAGACAACAAACUGUUCUACUGGCUCUCAGAUAUG